CCGGGCGAAGUGCGCCUUAGUAGGGGAAGAUGGCGACGUUGAUCCUCCCUACUGAUUGGAUCAAAAAUUGGGAAAAAUCGGGAAAAAAUGAAUUUUUGCAGCUGUGUCAGGACCUGGCUGGGAAGCCAGAAGAUGACGAUAAAGAGCUCCAGACAGCUUUGUACGAGCUCUCCUUGCACGUGGUCCAGGGCACGCUCAAGGUCGACGUGGCCGCCAGUAUUCUUGGGGAUGUCAUGGAAUUGCGAGACGAUAUGGCCUCCAUUUUAGCAGAUGUCUUCGGUGUAUUAGACAUCGAGACGAGCUGCACGGAGGAGAAGAACAAGCGAGAGAACUUCACCUCGCUGGUGGGCGCCUGUCUGUUUUGUGUGCCUGACGCCAUCCUUAAAGAGAGGCUGGAUCCCGAGACGUUGGAGUCCCUCGGCCUCAUCAAACAGGCCCAGCAGUUCAACCAGAAGAUUGUCAAAAUCAAGACCAAGCUAUUCUACAAACAGCAGAAGUUUAAUUUGUUGCGGGAGGAGAACGAGGGCUACGCCAAGCUGAUCACGGAGCUGGGCCAGGACCUGUCAGGCAACAUCACCAGCCACCUCGUCCUGGAGAACAUCAAGUCUUUAAUAGGAUGCUUCAAUCUGGACCCCAACCGCGUGCUGGACAUCAUCCUGGAGGUGUACGAGUGCCGCUCGGACCAGGACGAGUUCUUCGUGGCGCUCAUCAAGUCCUACAUGUGCGAGCACCAGACCCUCUGCCACAUCCUCGGCUUCAAGUUCAAAUUCCACCAGGAGCCUAAUGGGGAGACGCCCUCCUCCCUCUACCAUGUUGCUGCUGCCCUCCUCCAGCAUAACCUCAUCGCCCUGGAGGACCUCUAUGUGCACCUGGUGCCGGCGGACUCCAGCAUCGUGGAGGAGCACAAGCGCGAGAUCCUGGAGGCCAAGCAGAUCGCCCGCAAGCUCACCAUGGUGGUGCUGCCGUCGGAGAAGAACGACGACAAGGAGAAGGAGAAGGACAAAGAGGAGGAGAAGAACGAGAAGCCGCCCAACAACCAGAAGCUGGGUCUGCUGGAGGCGUUGCUGAGCAUCGGCGACUGGCAGCAUGCGCAGAGCAUCAUGGAGCAGAUGCCCGCCUUCUACGCCACGUCGCACCGCGCCAUCGCCCUCGCCCUGUGCCAGCUGCUGCACAUCCUCAUCGAGCCGCUCUACCGCAGGGCGGCGGUGCCCAAAGGUGCCAAAGGACGUCAGCUGAAGGCGCUGCAGAGCAGCCAGGCUCCGCGGCCGGUGGACACCUUCGAGGGCCUGUCCCGUGACGUCAUCACCAUGCUGGGCUACCUGGGCCCGCACCUGUCCCACGACGCCGUCCUCUUCGCCAAGAUCGUCCGCCUGGGCAAGAGCUUCAUGAAGGAGUAUCAGACAGUAGACAGCAGACCGGAUUCCAAGGAGGAGAUGGACUCCAUGUUGAGUUGUUUCCUCAGUAUCUCUGACCAGGUGCUGCUGCCCUCUCUAACCCUCAUGGAUUGCAACGCCUGCAUGUCUGAGGAGCUCUGGGGCUUCUUCAAGCUCUUCCCAUACCAGCACAGGUACCGGUUGUACGGCCAGUGGAAGAACGAGACGUACGGCAGCCACCCUCUGCUGGUGAAGGUGAAGGCCCAGACGGUGGACCGGGCCAAGUACAUCAUGAAACGCUUAACGAAGGAGAAUGUGAAGCCGUCUGGGAGGCAGAUUGGCAAACUGAGCCACAGUAACCCCACCAUCCUCUUUGAUUAUAUCCUGUCACAGAUCCAGUGGUACGACAACCUCAUCACGCCGGUGGUGGACUCACUCAAGUACCUCACCUCACUCAACUACGACGUGCUAGCCUACUGCAUUAUCGAAGCGCUGGCCAAUCCGGAGAAAGAGAAGAUGAAGCACGACGACACAACCAUCUCAUCCUGGCUUCAGAGUCUGGCCAGUCUCUGCGGAGCAGUAUUCAGGAAGUACCCCAUCGAACUAGCUGGCCUUUUGCAAUAUGUCACCAACCAGCUCAAGGCGGGGAAGAGUUUCGACCUGUUGAUCCUGAAAGAGGUGGUUCAGAAGAUGGCAGGGAUCGAGAUCACAGAUGAGAUGACUCAGGAGCAACUGGAAGCCAUGACUGGAGGAGAGCAGCUCAAAGCUGAGGGCGGAUACUUUGGUCAGAUCCGGAACACGAAGAAGUCAUCCCAGCGUCUGAAGGACGCUCUACUGGAGCAUGAGCUGGCGCUGCCCCUGUGCUUGCUGAUGGCACAGCAGCGUAACGGCGUGGUCUUCUCCGAGGGCGGCGAGAAGCACCUCAAGCUGGUGGGCAAGCUCUACGACCAGUGCCACGACACGCUGGUGCAGUUUGGCGGCUUCCUGGCGUCCAACCUAAGCACGGAGGACUACAUCAAGCGCGUGCCGUCCGUGGACAUCCUCUGCAACGCGUUCCACACGCCACAUGACGCCGCCUUCUUCCUGUCCCGCCCCAUGUACGCCCACCAGAUCCUGUCCAAGUACGACGAGCUGAAGAAGGCGGACAAGGCGAGCCGGCAGCAGCAGCAGAAGGUGCACAAGUACGUGCAGGCGUGCGAGCUGGUGAUGGCGCCGGUGCACGAGGCCGUGGUGUCCCUGCACCCCGCCAAGGUGUGGGACGACCUGCGGCCGCAGUUCUACGCCACCUUCUGGUCGCUCACCAUGUACGACCUGGCCGUGCCGCACACCGCCUACGAGCGCGAGUGCAACAAGCUCAAGGCCCAGAUGAAGGCCAUCGAGGAGAACACGGAGAUGCCUCCGAACAAGAAGAAGAAGGAGACGGAGCGCUGCACGGCGCUGCAGGACAAGCUGCUGGAGGAGGAGAAGAAGCAGCUGGAGCACGUCCAGCGCGUGCUGCACCGGCUCAAGCUGGAGAAGGACAACUGGUUGCUGGCCAAAUCCACCAAGAAUGAGACCAUCACCAAGUUCCUGCAGCUCUGCCUGUUCCCGCGCUGUGUCUUCUCCGCCAUUGAUGCCGUCUACUGCGCCCGCUUCGUGGAGCUGGUGCACCAGCAGAAGGCCCCCAACUUCUGCACCCUGCUCUGCUACGACCGAGUGUUCUCUGACAUCAUCUACACGGUGGCGAGCUGUACGGAGAACGAGUCUCGGCGCUACGGGCGCUUCCUGUGCUGCAUGUUGGAGACGGUGACGCGCUGGCACAGCGACCGCACCAUCUACGAGAAGGAAUGCGGGAACUACCCGGGCUUCGUCACCAUCUUCCGUGCCAGCGGCUUCGACGGCGGGAACAAGGCCGACCAGCUGGACUACGAGAACUUCCGCCACGUCGUCCACAAGUGGCACUACAAGCUCACCAAAGCGUCGGUGCACUGUCUGGAGACGGGCGAGUACACCCACAUCCGCAACAUCCUGAUCGUGCUGACCAAGAUCCUGCCCUUCUACCCCAAAGUGCUGAACCUGGGCCAGGCGCUGGAGUGCCGCGUGCUCAAGAUCUGCCAGGAGGAGAAGGAGAAGAGGCCCGACCUCUAUGCCUUAGCCAUGGGUUACUCAGGGCAGUUGAAAGGCAGGAAGGUGCACAUGGUGCCCGAGAACGAGUUCCACCACAAGGAGGCUCCGCCCACGCGCAGCGCCACCCCCGCCAGCCUGCAGAACGGCCCCGCCAGCUCCGCCAAGGCGCCCACCGCCACCUCCGCCACCGGCAAGGCCGACGAGGGCAACGGAGACGACGCGGAGAAAUCGAAGGACAAGUCUCAGACGGCUAAGACGGGCAGCAAGAGCACCAGCGCAGCCUCCAAAGCCAGCAGCAGCAGCAACGGCAACAGCACCCCAAACAGCACGAAAUCCAGCAAGGAGAAGGAGGAGAAGGGCAGCAAGGACAAGAAGGAGAAGAAGGACAAGGCCCCGGGCAGCACCCCCGACUCCAAGGCCGGCGGCAAGGACAAGCAGCAGCCCAAGGACGAGCGCUCCACCCGGGACAGCAGCGGCGGAGACAAGGGCCAGGACGGCCGCGAGAAGACGCCCAAGACGGCCGAGCGGGACAAGCGGAGCAAGGAGGAGAAGCUGCCCAAGGACGAGAAGAGCAAAGACGGCGGCGGCAGCGGCGGCAAAGAGGAGCGCGACGCCAAGGAGAGCAAGAGCCGGGACAGCAGCGGCGGCAGCAGCAGCAAGGGGGACAAGAGCGGCGCCGGCGGCCAGCUCAAGUCCCCCGUACCCCGCUCCGACGGAGCCGACUCUGAGCGGGAGCAAAAGAGACGAAAGCUCGACACCCACUCUUCGCCAUCCCACUCCUCCACUGUUAAGGACAGUCUCAACGACUUCAAGGAGUCCGCCUCAAAGCACUAUGGAAACCACAACACGUUGUCCAAAAGCAAAGAGAGGGAGAUGGAGAAGAAAGAGUGUGAGAAGGCCCGCGACCGCUCCAAGGAGAGGGAGAAGAGAGAGGACCGGAAGGACCGCAAGCGAGACCACUCCAACAACGAGCGCGAGAUGAGCCAGGAGAUGAAGCGCCGCAAAGAUGAAAAUGGAACCAACUCCUCCAAGCACAGCAAGAGCGCCAGCCCCUCCGACUCGCCCCGCUCGGCCGACAAGGACAAGAGCAAGAGCUCCAAGUCCAACAGCAAGGAGAAGAGUGACCUGGCCAAAGCUGAGAAGACCUCAGGGGGGAAAAAGGAAUCCAGACACGACAAGGAGAAGUCUGAGAAGAAAGAGAAACGAGAAAGCACCGGUGCAAAAGAAGACAAAAAACAUCAUAAGUCCUCUGACAAACACAGAUAAUGUGUUCCUGUGUGGUGGGGGGUCGAGGCUUCUCACUUUUCAGAAUUCCUUCCUUUGGCCUGCGACACCGAUGGGGUAGCCUUGGUCUCCAGGGAGUUCUUUUUUCUUCUCCCCACCAUGCGGCAGUCUUACUGCUUUUCCCUGUCAUCGUGUGAGAGGAUUUCUGUGCAUAUACACACACACACACCAACACAAACCCACCCAAACACACACACACACACACACACACACACACACACACACACACACACAGAGCCACCCUUUGCCUGCAUUAAGUACUCAUAGUGUUGCCUAGACAAAAGUCGUAGUUCGUAUUUUAACCAGCGUUCUCCUUGUGUAUUUUCAGUAAACUUGCUGAAAGGUCAAUUCUUUUAAAUAUUAGCACAAUGUGCUGCUGAUGUCAUACAUGGGUGUACUCUUGAGUAUGUGGUGUUGCUUUCCAGACAUGCCUGCAUUUGUAUCAUUUCCUCCUCACCACGUUAUUUUUUUAUAUUACGGUGAAGUUUAAACAAGUCAACAUGUCAACUCAGUUUGGAUUUUAUUUAUUUUUUUCUUUGACAUUUUAGCUGUGAGUGGGAAGUUAAGGCACCGGUGUUUGAGACAGUACCAAUGGUUUAUUUGUAUAUUAUGUGUACAUAAAUAAAAAUGGUUACAUGUUAUGAGCCAUCACUGUUACUUUAAUUUGUCACUUGCUUCAAUUCUUUUUUCUUUUUUUUUUUUUCUUCUCAAAAUCAAGUUUUUAAAAGAUUUGUACAAAAAUGGCAACGUGGAUUUCACACAAACAGAUUAUAAAUUAGGAGGCAUCUGAACUACUUUUUGGAGUUUUUAAUCUGCUGUAUUCAAGUGUAUGCUUUUUUCUAAAUAAAGAUAGUUUUCAUAGUGGAA